AGGCUAAAUCCAUGCCUUCUAUAUUCCUUUUGUUUACUCUGUUUUUUUUUUAACUGCUCAUAUGACUUUCUUUCUCCGUGUGAAGGUUUGAGUGCAGGGAUGGUGAAGGAAUGAGAGAAAUGAAUGUCACGGAAUAUUACCAGGAACGACACAACCUGAGGUUGAUGGGACAUGCCCUGCCCUGUGUGGAUGUUGGGAAACGUGGCCGACCAACAUAUAUCCCCAUUGAGCUUUGCUCUAUUUUGCCAAUGCAACCCUUCAAGGGGAAGCUCGCGCCAGAUCAAGUUAGCAGUCAAAUCACGUUCACUUGCUUGUUUCCUCCUCAGCGUCGUGAAAAGACACAGGAGGCAAACAUAGUUGGGAAGCGGGAAGGGGACACGUGGCGCGCAGUGAGCUGUUCAGCUAUGGCUGAGGAGAGGGGGAGGAGGCACGAAGGCGGCAGUUCCGUCGUCGAUAUCAACGGAGAAAACUGGCGGGAAAUGUGUGACCAGCGCUCUGAGGACAGGGGCGAAGUUGGUGGCGGCUGCAUCGAGGAAAAUGGCGGGAGAUCUUGCUGCCAGCCGACACGUGGCAGGCCUACAGCGAACGGGGGAGUAGCUCGCGAGGAAAAUGGCGGGAGAUCUUGCUGCCAGUCGACACGUGGCAAGCCUACAGCGAACGGGGGAGUUGCUCCUUUUCUGCCGCAGAGAUCAGGUGUUCCACGACGUCAGCCGUUUGCUGACGUGGAUCCUUUGCGAUAUGUCAGAGAGACUACUCAGUGGGUGGUCGAUCGAAGCCGCCACGUCAGCAUUGAUGACAAUGCCCUGGUGGCAGUUGCAGAGCAGCUCGCUGGCUCUUGGAAGCAGGUGCAAUGGAAUUGGGAAGACAUCCAUUUUCAAGAUGCAGGAGCGUUAACGGUGCAGUACAUCUUUGUGGUUGACGUGCUCAAUUUUUGUUUCUGGCCAGAUCCCGAUCUGACGUACGAACACCUGGCACAGAGCCUGAAGAUGGCAGUUCUCAGAGAUCCUCAUGCACUAGAUGCAGAGCGGCCAGCGGCCUGUGAUGUGAAGACCUAACGGCAAAUGAUGAACCGGGGAAAAAGAAAGAAUAAGGAUAAGUUGAAGGAGGAGGAGGAGGAGGAGGAGGAGGAGGAGGAAAGGAAAAAGGAGGAGAAGAUCAAAGAGGAGCGGGAGGGGGAUGAGAGGCAGAAGAAGACGAAGAUGGAAGAGGAGAAAGAGGAGAGGAAGACGAAGAAGAAGACAAAAGAGGGAGAGGAGGAGGAGG